GAGUGCGAGGAAGCAAUAGAGAACGAGAUCGAGAUCGAGAUCGUUUGGGAGGCGGAGCCUCGUCCCUUCUCUCUGUUUCCGUUAUUCGCUCGUUCACCCAUCUUUCGGUAGAUCCAUAGACGGGGAGGGGAGUUGCUUGUGAAUGCAGCCAUCUUUAUUCACUCGUGAUGCCGGGAGAGGAGGCGUCGUUCUGAGGUGUGUUGGUGGAAGGAGAUCGGCCGACUACCGUAUCGAGGAGAAAUCCGCUCCCGGAACAGUGCUCUUGAACGAUCCCUUCGGCGUCUCUUUCUUCUAUCAUAACUCGAUCUAGUAUAAAUCCGUCAUCCUUUUGGCCCGAUUCGGUUGAACCUUUCUGAGACCUCUCAAAGACUCAGCCUUUAAACCUCGAGAAAGAAAUCGCAUUUUUCCCGUCGAUUUCUUUGCAAGCCAAAGCUCCUCAUCUAUGGCGGCAGUCCCGGGGUCCGCCUUUAACCUACGAAGCCUACCGGUGUCUCUCCCUUCCGUCGUCAACCAUAAGCCUAGUGUCUGCCGCGGCGGUAGAGCUGUGCGAUGCUCUGCCUUCAGACGAGCUCAGACGAUGCAUUUGGAGAGCCAUUUUCUCGGGGCGAAGCUUCGAGCAUGUGAACGUGUUCAGCUGUGGCGGACGGAUGGCCCCGGACGUUCUCCGAAGCUGAGGGUCGUCUCUCCAUCAAUGUCCCUGUCUAGGGUGCCGGAGAAGCCCCUCGGUCUCUAUGAUACAUCCUUCGAUAAAGAUUCUUGUGGUGUUGGUUUUAUUGCCGAGCUCUCCGGCGACUAUAGCCGGAAAACUGUCGCUGAUGCUUUGGAGAUGCUGCUAAGAAUGAGCCAUCGCGGGGCAUGUGGCUGUGAGACUAACACAGGUGAUGGAGCUGGCAUUCUUGUAGCGCUCCCUCAUGAGUUCUUCAAGGAGGUGACCAAGGAUGUGGGGAUUCAACUGCCACCACCCGGUCAAUAUGCAGUUGGCAUGUUUUUCUUGCCAACAGAUGACGGUCGCAGGAAGGAAAGCAAAGUUGUUUUUGCUAAGGUAGCAGAAUCUUUGGGACAUGUGGUUCUUGGCUGGCGCAGUGUACCGACAGAUAAUAGAGAUCUGGGUGUGUCUGCACUACAGACAGAGCCUAUCAUCGAACAAGUUUUCCUUGCUCCAAGUUCACGGUCGAGUGCUGAUUUUGAGCAACAGAUGUACAUAUUGCGGCGGGUUUCAAUGGUAGCCAUUCGAGAUGCUCUGAAUCUGCAGUAUGGUGGAGCUAAGGACUUCUAUAUAUGUUCACUCUCUUCCAGGACUGUUGUUUAUAAAGGUCAACUGAAACCUGUUCAAUUGAAGGACUACUAUUAUGCAGAUCUUGGAGAUGAAAGGUUUACAAGUUACAUGGCCCUGGUACACUCACGAUUUUCCACAAAUACCUUCCCUAGUUGGGAUCGUGCACAACCGAUGCGUGUUCUGGGUCACAAUGGAGAAAUCAACACAUUGCGAGGAAAUGUAAAUUGGAUGAAGGCACGGGAAGGUCUUUUAAAGUGCAGGGAACUAGACUUAUCAAGGAAUGAUAUGGAGAAACUUCUACCCAUUGUUGACGCUAGCUCAUCAGAUUCUGGGGCAUUUGAUGGUGUUCUUGAACUUUUGGUCCGUGCUGGUAGAAGUCUACCUGAAGCUGUUAUGAUGAUGAUACCUGAGGCAUGGCAAAAUGAAAACAACAUGGACCCCGAUAAAAAGGCUCUGUAUGAAUAUUUCUCUGCCCUCAUGGAGCCCUGGGAUGGACCUGCUCUUAUAUCUUUUACGGAUGGUCACUAUCUCGGAGCAACACUGGAUCGUAAUGGUCUGAGACCUGGUCGCUUUUACAUCACACAUAGUGGACGUGUUAUCAUGGCCAGUGAAGUAGGUGUCGUAGACAUUAGUCCUGCAGAUGUGUCGAGAAAAGGAAGGCUCAACCCUGGAAUGAUGCUUUUAGUGGAUUUUGAAAAUCAUACCGUUGUUGAUGAUGAGAAAUUGAAGAAGCAGUACUCACAAGCCAGACCAUACAGGGAAUGGCUUAAGAGACAAAAGAUUUCUCUUGAAGAAAUUGUCAAUUCCUAUCCUAAAAGUGAUAGGAUCCCUCCAAGCAUAUUUGGGACUGCACCAGCUCAAAAUCAUGAUGAGAACAUGGAGAAUAUGGGAAUUUGUGGUCUUUUGGCCCCGCUUAAAGCCUUUGGCUACACUACUGAAGCUUUGGAUAUGCUGUUGUUGCCCAUGGCAAAAGAUGCCACUGAAGCUCUAGGUUCUAUGGGAAAUGAUGCUCCCUUGGCUGUGAUGUCGAACAGAGAAAAACUUUCCUUUGAGUACUUUAAGCAGAUGUUUGCUCAAGUUACAAACCCUCCAAUUGAUCCAAUUCGAGAGAAAAUAGUUACAUCUAUGGAGUGCAUGAUUGGUCCAGAAGGCGAUCUUACUGAAACCACUGAAGAGCAGUGUCAUCGCCUCUCAUUGGAAGGGCCUCUUUUAUCCAUUGAUGAAAUGCAAGCUAUAAAAAAGAUGAACUAUAGAGGUUGGCGCAGCAAGGUGCUUGACAUCACAUAUCCCAAAAAGCAUGGUCGAAAGGGUUUAGAGGAAACCCUGGACAGGAUUUGCUUGGAAGCUUGUGAUGCAAUUCAUGGGGGCUAUACAACUCUUGUACUGUCUGACAGAGGUUUUUCAUCCGACCGUGUUGCGGUAAGUUCCCUCUUGGCAGUUGGUGCUGUUCAUCAACAUCUAGUCUCAACACUAGAGAGGACACGCAUUGGAUUGUUAGUGGAAUCUGCAGAGCCACGUGAAGUGCAUCAUUUUUGUACUCUUGUUGGAUUUGGUGCAGAUGCUAUCUGCCCAUAUUUGGCCAUAGAGACAAUUUGGCGAUUGAAGAUUGAUGGAAAAAUCUCUCCUAGAGCGGAUGGCAAGUUUCAUUCCCGAGAGGAUCUUGUCAAGAGGUACUUCAAAGCAAGCAACUAUGGAAUGAUGAAAGUUCUUGCCAAAAUGGGAAUAUCCACUCUUGCAUCUUACAAGGGAGCACAGAUUUUUGAAGCUCUAGGUCUUUCUUCUGAGGUGAUCCAGAAAUGCUUCAAAGGAACACCAAGUAGAGUUGAAGGUGCAACAUUUGAAAUGCUUGCUGGGGAUGCCCUUCGUCUUCAUGAAUUGGCAUUUCCAACCAGAGUUUUGCCACUGGGAAGCGCAGAAGCAUUGGCAUUGCCUAAUCCUGGGGAUUACCACUGGAGAAAGGGAGGUGAAGUGCACCUUAAUGACCCCCUUGCAAUUGCUAAGUUACAGGAGGCGGCCAGAGCUAAUAGUGUUGCAGCAUACAAAGAAUAUUCUAGGUGUAUACAGGAGCUGAACAAGACAUGCAAUUUGCGUGGUAUGCUUAAGUUUAAAGAUGUUUGUGCAAAGAUUGCCUUGGAUGAAGUGGAACCUGCUAGCGAGAUUGUUAAGCGAUUCUGCACUGGAGCUAUGAGUUAUGGUUCAAUAUCAUUGGAAACGCACACUACUCUAGCUAUCGCAAUGAAUAAGAUUGGAGGAAAAUCUAAUACUGGAGAGGGAGGUGAGCAACCUUCUCGAAUGAAGCCUUAUUCAGAUGGUUCCAUGAAUCUAGAGAGGAGUGCGAUUAAACAAGUGGCAAGUGGCAGGUUUGGAGUGACAAGCUACUACCUAACCAAUGCUGACGAACUCCAGAUAAAGAUGGCUCAGGGUGCCAAGCCUGGUGAAGGAGGAGAACUUCCAGGUCAUAAAGUUAUUGGCGAUAUUGCGGUCACGAGAAAUUCCAUUGCUGGUGUGGGCCUCAUUAGUCCUCCUCCUCACCAUGAUAUAUAUUCAAUUGAGGACCUUGCACAACUUAUUCAUGACCUUAAGAACUCAAAUCCAGGUGCUCGAAUCAGUGUUAAACUAGUGUCUGAGGCUGGCGUUGGAGUAAUUGCUAGUGGAGCUGUGAAAGGGCAUGCGGACCAUGUUUUGAUUUCUGGCCAUGAUGGAGGCACCGGAGCUUCUCGUUGGACUGGAAUUAAAAAUGCAGGGCUUCCUUGGGAGCUGGGGUUGGCAGAGACACAUCAGACUCUAGUUGCAAAUGACCUCCGUGGCCGAACAGUCCUGCAAACUGAUGGCCAGUUGAAAACAGGCAGAGAUGUUGCAAUUGCUGCUUUACUUGGUGCAGAGGAGUUUGGUUUCAGCACUGCACCUCUGAUAACUCUUGGUUGCAUUAUGAUGCGAAAAUGCCACCAGAAUACUUGCCCAGUUGGCAUUGCCACUCAAGAUCCUGUACUUCGAAAAAAAUUUGCUGGGGAACCUCAGCAUGUCAUAAACUUCUUUUUUAUGCUGGCAGAGGAAGUCCGUGAGAUCAUGUCACAGCUGGGCUUCCGAACAAUUAAUGAAAUGGUUGGUCGUGUUGACAUGCUUGAGAUUGAUAAAGAGUUGAUUAAGGGCAAUGAAAAAUUGGGAAAUAUCAAUCUGUCAUUGCUGCUUAGACCUGCAGCUGAUAUUCGACCAGGAGCUGCUCAAUACUGCAUUCAGAAACAGGAUCAUGGACUGGAGAUGGCAAUAGAUCAGGAGCUUAUCUCUCUAUCAAAAGUUGCACUUGAAAAAGGCCUUCCUGUCUAUAUUGAAAAACCAAUCUGUAAUGUAAAUCGUGCUGUUGGUACCAUGCUUAGCCAUGAAGUCACUAAACAUUAUCAAUUGAAUGGGUUGCCUUCAGAUACCAUACAUAUUAAGCUGGUUGGAAGCGCUGGUCAAAGCCUAGGGGCCUUUCUAUGCCCUGGAAUCACCCUUGAGCUUGAAGGUGACAGCAAUGACUAUGUUGGGAAAGGAUUAUCCGGUGGCAAGAUCAUAGUAUAUCCUCCAAGAGAAAGCCAAUUUGAUCCAAAAGAAAAUAUUGUCAUAGGAAAUGUUGCAUUAUAUGGAGCCACAAGCGGGGAGGCAUAUUUUAGUGGAAUGGCAGCAGAAAGGUUCUGUGUCCGUAACUCAGGUGCUAGAACAGUUGUUGAAGGCGUUGGAGAUCACGGGUGUGAGUAUAUGACUGGUGGUAUUGUUGUUAUUCUUGGAAAAACUGGGAGAAACUUUGCUGCAGGUAUGAGCGGUGGAAUCGCUUAUGUUUCUGAUGUCGAUGGGAUGUUUCACACAAGAUGUAAUCUUGAAUUGGUUGAUCUUGAAAAGGUUGAGGAUGAGGAAGAUAUAACAACAUUGAGAAUGAUGAUACAGCAACAUCAGCGUCAUACGAGCAGUGUGUUAGCAAGAGAAGUCCUUUGCAACUUUGGCGCUUUGUUACCCAAGUUUGUGAAAGUAUUUCCGAGAGACUACAAGAGAGUUCUUCAGAAAUUUAAGAUAGAGCAAGUUGCCAAAGAGGCCAAGGAACAAGAAGAAAAAGAAAUGAUGGAGAAGGAUGCGUUUGAAGAACUCAAGAAAUUGGCAACAGUGUCUUUGAAUGGGAAGAAGGCAGAAGAAUUAGCUGCACCAAAAAGGCCAACGUUGGUUGAUAAUGCUGUCAAGCAUCGAGGUUUUAUUGCUUAUGAGCGGCAGGGUAUUUCAUAUAGGGACCCUAAUGAUCGAAUUAAAGAUUGGAAAGAAGUUUUCAUGGAAUCGAAGCCUGGUCCACUAAUGAAAACCCAAUCUGCUCGCUGCAUGGACUGUGGAACUCCUUUUUGUCAUCAGGAGACUUCUGGGUGCCCUCUUGGGAAUAAGAUACCAGAAUUUAAUGAACUGGUCCAUCAGAAUAGGUGGCGUGAAGCUGUGGAUCGGCUUUUGGAGACAAAUAACUUCCCAGAAUUUACUGGUCGAGUCUGCCCUGCUCCUUGUGAAGGAUCAUGUGUUCUCGGCAUCAUUGAGAAUCCUGUAUCUAUUAAAAGCAUAGAGUGUGCCAUCAUAGACAAGGCAUUUGAAGAAGGAUGGAUGGUACCUCGUCCUCCACAACAGAGAACAGGAAAGAGAGUUGCCAUUGUUGGUAGCGGUCCAGCUGGUCUUGCUGCUGCUGAUCAGUUGAAUAAAAUGGGUCACUUGGUCACCGUUUAUGAACGUGCUGACCGCAUUGGUGGCCUAAUGAUGUAUGGAGUUCCAAACAUGAAGGCUGACAAGGUUGGGAUUGUUCAGCGCCGUGUAGACCUAAUGACUGCGGAAGGUGUUAAGUUUGUGGUCAAUGCCAAUGUUGGAAUUGACCCCACGUACUCCCUCAACCGUCUUCGUGGUGAGAAUGAUGCAAUUGUGUUGGCUUGUGGAGCUACAAAACCAAGGGACCUUCCUGUUCCUGGACGAGAGCUCUCUGGAAUUCAUUUUGCGAUGGAGUUUCUUCAUGCAAACACCAAAAGCUUGCUCGAUAGCAAUCUGCGGGAUGGUAAAUACUUAUCUGCCAAGGGGAAGAAGGUGAUUGUGAUAGGUGGAGGAGAUACAGGAACGGAUUGUGUAGCGACAUCCAUCCGACAUGGCUGCAACAACAUGAUAAAUCUAGAACUCCUUUCUAAGCCACCUCAGGAAAGAGCACCGGGCAAUCCGUGGCCCCAGUGGCCUCGUAUUUUUCGAGUGGAUUAUGGUCACCAAGAAGCUUCAGCUAAGUUCAGAAAAGACCCACGAUGCUAUGAGGUCCUGACGAAGCGAUUCGUGGGAGAUGAAAAUGGAGCUGUGAAAGGCCUGGAGACGGUACGCGUACACUGGGAACGGGAUAGCAGUGGCAAAUUCCAGUUUGAUGAAAUCAAGGGUUCGGAAGAGAUGAUAGAGGCCGACUUGGUUCUCUUAGCUAUGGGUUUCCUUGGCCCUGAAUCGACAAUUGCGGAUCAGCUGGGUCUAGAGCGAGACAACAGGUCAAACUUCAAGGCUGACUAUGGGCGUUUCUUGACCAGCGUCGAGGGGGUGUUUGCUGUAGGAGACUGCAGGAGGGGGCAGUCGCUCGUGGUUUGGGCAAUCAACGAGGGCCGGCAAGCCGCCUCACAGAUAGACAAAUAUCUGAUGCUUCUUACGAGUAGGGAGACUCCAUCCAAAAAGUUGCCAGCGUAGAAAUACUUUUAGCGAUGGGGCAGUCGCUCGUGGUUUGGUUUGCUUCUUUGCUGAUGCUGAUGCUUCAAAGCAAGAAGCUCUCUCCCUCGUACGUACGUACGUUCCAGGAUGGGUCAGAAGGCUUAGAAAUACUUUUUAGCGAUGGUGGUGUUAUUAGAUUGAUUGAUGGUGCCGAUUUACAAAUAGAUUUGGUGGUCUUUUAUGAUUU